AUGAAUGCAUUACCUAUUAAAGGUGGUAAAAAAAUAAUAGUAACAAAAGAAGAUGGUAAAAAAAUAACUAGAUACUAUAAAUCUCCUGGAUUUGAUAUAGAAAUUCCUUAUGAAGCUAAACAUGGUACUUAUAUAGAUAAAAAAUGUCCCUUCACUGGACAAGUUAAUAUAAGAGGUAAAAUUCUUAAAGUAAAAGUCGUUAGUACUAAAAUGCAAAGAACUAUAGUAUGUAGAAGGGAUUAUCUUUUCUAUAUAAAAAAAUAUAAUAGAUACGAAAGAAGACAUAGUAAUAUUAAAGCACAUUGUAGUCCUUGUUUCAGAAUAAAAGAAGGUGAUAUUGUUAAAAUAGGUGAAUGUAGACCUUUAUCUAAAACUGUUAGAUUUAAUGUAUUGUCUAUCGAAACUAAUAAAAAUUCUAAGUAA